AUGCAGUAUCAGCGUCAUUCAAGAUCGGUGGACCUGGUAGCAAGCAGCAAUCACUCGACGGACGUGAAUGGAUUCCAGACAAAGCUGGAAGGGAUCGGGGUUGUGUUCAAGCUCGACAAAGCCAAGCGAUAUUUCUACAUCUCCCGAGUCAUAGAGAACGGGGCUGCGUAUGCUCACGGCAACAUCUUACCUGGAGACAUCUUCGUCGAGGUGGAUGGAGUAAAAGUUCACAACAAGACUCCAGACGAGCUGGCUCAGCUUAUCUUGGGUCCUCCGGGCAGCAUGGUUGACCUUGUACUCCGCCAGGGCUCCAUUAUCAAGGAGAUUUCAGUGAAGAGGGCAAGGCAGCAGGCCAACGAUAUUGGCAGCACGCCGACCAAGCUUCCCUCCGACUUGAAGUUGGCUUAUCAGAUUCCCAUGCCGUCCAUGCAGAUGCAGCAGGUUCUACCACACGACCACCGCUAUGUCCAUCCAGAUCCCUCGCGCUCGAUGCGCAACCCGUCGGAUUCUCCUCCGCUCCUCAUGCCUGCCAACUCGCUGCCCCGCACUGUGCAUGCUGGAUCAAGAAACGCGGGGAUGCAGGACACGCGAGGCCUGCCGCAUGUAGACGAUCGCUACUUCGAGAUGUCAACGAGGCCCCCGAGAGCUAGCGACAUGCCCGACAUCAGCCGCAUCAGCCUGCACUCCCAGAUGCCGAUGAACAGGUCAAAGGAAGUCGAUUUUGCAUCACAGUACAUGACCUUCGGCCAACCACCCGCAAACUUCCAGCACAAUCACACCCCAACGGUCCAGAUCAGUCCAAUAGAUGCUCGAGACCUCAACCGGCAGCAUCGAAACGCGUUGCCAGGUCAUUCCGCUCCUCAUGCCGCCAUGCCGUCGGCCGAUGAAAUCUUGCGGAACGAUCGAGCCCAGUCGGUCUGGGUGAUGCGGCAUGGCAUGAGGCUCGAUGACCAGGACCCAACGUGGAAGCUGUCGGCCAGUCGCCCUUAUGACCCUCCCAUCUGCGAGCAUGGGAGAGAACAGUGCAAGUUGGCUGGAAUGAGUUUUAAAUCUUCGAGGUCACAAGUCGGCGACAUCUCCUUCGUCCUCUCCUCGCCCUUCUUGAGAUGCGUGCAAACCGCUGCAGAGGUGGCGUCGAUUCUCGGUAUCUCAAGGAUCUUCAUCGAAAAUGACAUCUGUGAAGUCUUGGAGCUGAGAAAUGUCAGCGUUCAGCCCAAGUGCCUCAAAAUGGAUCAGUUGGUCAAAGUGGAGCCCAUGCUCGCACAUCAUGAAAUCAUCCCCUCCUCCGUGAAGAUGCCGUCGUGGCCAGAGAACUUGCACGAAGCAAGAGUGCGCUUCAGAAACGCCUUCGACCGCAUCGCCAAGUCUUACGACGGCAACGUGCUCAUAGUCACGCACGGAGAUACGGUUGCUGAAUUCAUCUCGAUGACCUCAAAGAUUCAAACGGACAAGAUAUACUCAGUUCCAAAUUGCUCGGCAGCUGGAGCGAGGCACGUGGACGGAUGUUGGGACAAGUGCACGUUGAGUGGAGAGAUAUUGAUCUUGGACCAAGAGCACUGA